UGCCAUCUGUGCGACCAGAUCACCAUCUGCGUCUCUGUCUCUCGAGCCCUUUAGCGGAGGGAAAGCAGAGCAACGCACAAGAAGCACACGCGAUCGCGCGAGUCGUUGGUGCGCCGGCCAAAGCCUAGCCCGCUAGCGAUGGCGGCGGCUGAGUGGUGGUGCUGGCCUCUGCCGGCGUGGCUGGGCUCCGGCGCGGCGUGGUUCGUGGUCCUGAACCUCGUCGUGGCCGCCAUCUUCGCCCUGUCGUCCCGUGUGCAGCCGCAGCCGCAGUCGCCCUCGCCGCGCCGUGCCGGGAGCGGGAUCACGCGCAGGGCCUCGUCGGCGGUGCUGCAGCGCAUCCGGUCAUUCAACAUCUUCUCCUUCCCGUCCUCGUGCUUCCACACCGCGGAGCCCAGCCCGGGCGCCGCCGCCACCCCCACCUUCCACGAAACAGAAGACGCGGCGGCAGCGAGGACGAGGUCGCCAUCCACGCCGCGUCCACCACAACCACAAGCGGCGGUAGAGGAGGACGACGUGGAAGACAAGAACUCGAUGACCAUGGACAAGGCGUACGCGCUCGUCCUAGCGGGGCGGCAGCGGGCGCCGCCGACGGAGGAGGAAGCGGCUGGGUCCGAGGUGGACGCCAAGGCGGAGGAGUUCAUCCAGGCGUUCAAGGAGGACCUAAGGCAGCAGCGCCUCAAAUCCAUCUUCAACUACACUCAGAUGCUCAAGCGCCGCGUUGCCGCCGGCCGGCCGCCUGCCGCUCCGUGAUUGGCUCACGCGAUCGUUGAAAGUUCACACAAAUCCAGCUGCGAGCUACUCGGGCUUGAGUCGCUGUCUGGACGUCGCCGUCUUUGAUUCACAUGUUCAUUGAUUCAUUUGCUCUAUUUACAGAGAAUUGUUUCGUUUAAAAGGGAGAGCUGUACUUUUUUAGUUGCUUGCUCUCGUGUACAUAGGCAUUGUAUUUGGUUGUUGGUUUGUGCAGAUUGCUUC